GUCAAGUGUGCCAACUGUCGUAAAAGCACAUGGAAGAAGGACAAAGAAGUGAAGGCGGACGCUAAUAAGUUAGUGUUGUUAUUUGUUCGCUAUGAUGUAAAUAUUUAUGUCGUAAAGAGACAUAUUUAAUUAUUUAUUUCAGGGUAGAACGUCUCAGUCUGCGAAAAUAUUUUCGUUGCUUUGCUAGUCAGGACUAUAAAGCUGAGAAGCGUCACGUGCUAGUUAGCUUAGCUUGUUAGCUUAGCUUGUUAGCUGCUAACAAAGAAACGCUGACGUUAUCAACACUUCGCUAAGUAGAAAUCAAAUGUGAGUGUAAAGUGUUGUGAUUGUGUGAAAAUGUGCGAAAGAACGGGAGCAAAGUGUGAGGAGGAACUUUCCAAAAGAAAAGAGGAGGACAAUCAACUACUGGACGCUGUUUUCAAGAAACAUCAAGUUGUGUUACACAUAAAAGAUGUCCAGCAGCCCCCUCACAUAAAAAAGGAAGAGGAGGAUCCACAGCCCCCCCACAUUAAAGAGGAAGAGGAGGAAGUGUGGAUCAGUCAGGAGGGAGAGUGUCCUGUAGGGCAGGAGGAGGCUGAUGUCAGCAAGUUUCCACUGACUGUUGUCUAUGUGAAGACUGAAGAGCAUGAAGACAAACCACCUGAGUCCUCACAGCUUCAUCACAGUCCAAACGUCCAGCAGGUGUCAGCAGAGAGUCAAGAAGAGAUUCCCUCUAAGCAGCAGGAGUGGAGCUCCAGUGUGGGACAGAAGGAGCUACAGGCCCCCUCCCACAUUAAAGAGGAAGAGGAGGAACUGUGGGAGCAGCUUCAAAGGUUGGUGAAGGAUAAUGAUGAAGAUGAAGCUCAGUCCUUACAGCUUCAUCACAGUCAAAGUGAGGAGAACAGAGGGGCGGAGCUUGUAAGUCAACACAUCACAGAAGCUGAUGGAGAGCAUUGUGAAGAUAGAAAGUCAGAACCAGACAGCAUCUUUGCUCCACUGUCAGACAUGGACCACAUGAUGUCACAGUCUUCUGAUCACAGUGACCACAUUCAAGAACCUUUGGAGAGUAAAAAUGACUCUAAAGGUGAUACGAGACAUCACACUAACAACAAACACUUGGACUGCUCUCAAUGUGGGAAAUCAUUUAGACUGAAGACUGAUUUUACAAGACACAAGAGAAUACAUACUGGAGAGAAACCUUUUACUUGCUCUGUUUGUAAAAAAAGUUUCUCCACAAAGCAACACAUGACCACACACAUGAGAACACACACUGGAGAGAAACCUUUUACUUGCUCUGUUUGUAAGAAGAGUUUCUCCAUUAAGCCUGCCAUGACCAGACACAUGAGAACACACACUGGAGAGAAACCGUUUACUUGCUCUGUUUGUAAGAAGAGUUUCUCCAGAAAGUCUAACAUGUCCUCACACAUGAGAACACAUACUGGAGAGAAACUUUUGUCUUGCUCUGUUUGUAAGAAGGGUUUCUCCACGAAGCAACAUAUGAUCACACACAUGAGAACACAUACUGGAGAGAAACCUUUUACUUGCUCUGUUUGUAAGAAGUGUUUCUCCAGAAAGCCUGACAUCUCCACACACAUGAGAACACACACUGGAGAGAAACCUUUUACUUGCUCUGUUUGUAAGAAGAGUUUCUCCACAAAGUCUAACAUGUCCUCACACAUGAGAACACAUACUGGAGAGAAACCUUUGACUUGCUCUGUUUGUAAGAAGACUUUCUCCACAAAGCCUAACAUGUCCGCACACAUGAGAACACAUACUGGAGAGAAACCUUUUACUUGCCCUGUUUGUAAGAAGCAUUUCUCCACAAAUCUUGUCAUGACCAGACACAUGAGAACACACACUGGAGAGAAACCAUUUAGUUGCACUGUGUGUGAUAAGACGUUCUGGCAUAAGUAUCAGGUCAGUAAACACAAGUGUGUAACAGUCAUGGAAGCUGCAGGGAUUAUGGUGUCUCUCCUCUUCAUCCACAGCCACCGACUGGCUGUCUCUGCUGCUCCUGAGAGGGCUUUGAUGGUGUUUCGCAGGGUUUGGCCUCAAAAUCCGAUGUCCUUAAGCAGCCUGAUUGUUGUCUGGCCCACAAAACCUCUGCAGCCAACUUCCACUGGGCAGACCUUGGCCUUCCAUCCAUUCUGCUCAGCAUCAGCUGCCAGUUCGGUGUACUUAAGGCUUUUGCGUUCGAAUGCCUCCUCCACAGCAGCCUCCCAGGGAACCAGAUCAAGUGUGAGUGUAAAGUGUUGUGAUUGUGUGAAAAUGUGUGAAAGAACCAUAGCAGAGUACGAGGAGGAACUUUGUCCAACUAAAGAGGAGAAGGAGCGACAACAUCAAAAACCUCAAGUUGUGUUACACAGAACAGAUGUCCAGCAGCUCCCUCACAUAAAAAAGGAAGAGGAGGAUCCACAGCCCCCCCACAUGAAAGAGGAAGAGGAAGAAGUGUGGAUCAGUCAGGAAGGAGAGUGUCUUCUAGGGCAGGAGGAGGCUGAUGUCAGCAAGUUUCCACUGACUGUUGUCUCUGUGAAGACUGAAGAGCAUGAAGACAAACCACCUGAGUCCUCACAGCUUCAUCACAGUCCAAACCUCAAUGAAGAACAUCUACCUCAUGAGCAGGAGGAGGAACCACAGUCCCCCCACAUACACAAGGAAGAAGGGGUACCACAGUCCCAACACAUCAAAGAGGGAGGAGAGGAGCCACAGCCCCCCCACAUUAAAGAGGAACAUGAGGCGCCACAGACCCAUAAUGUUAAACUGACCCUUCACAAUAAAGGUCAAGCGGAGGACCCACUGAUCUUACACAUCAAAAAGGAAGAGGAUGAUCCACUGACCCCUCACUUUAAGGAGCAAGAGAACCCACUUAACCCUCACAUUAAAGAGGAAGAGACGGACCCACUGACCCCUCACUUUAAAGAGGAAGAGGAGGACCAAGAGCCGCCGCACAUUAAAGAAGAAGAGGAGGAAGAGGGCAUCAGUCAGCCUAAAUGGUUGGAGGAGUUCCCAGUGACUGGUGUCCCUGUGAAGAGUGAAGAUGAUGAGGUGAAAGGUGAAAGUGAGGAGAGGGGAGGGGGGGAGCCUCCAAGCAGCAGCUCAACACAACACAUGACAACAGAAGCUGAUGGAGACCACUGUGGAGGAUCACAAGCAGACAAGCUCUUAGCUCCACUAUCAGAUAGUGAGGACACAACGUCACACUCUCCUGACUCUGAUGAUGAAGACUCUAAAGAUGAUAAGACAUGUCACACUGACAACACACACUUCACAUGUUCUCACUGUCACAAAACCUUUCAAUACCGUCGUAAUCUGAAAAGACACAUGAGAAGACACACCGGAGAAAAACCUUUUAUCUGUUCAAAAUGUGGCAAAGGUUUUGUAGAAAGUCACAAUUUGAAAAUUCACAUGAGAACACACACGGGAGAAAAACCUUAUGUCUGUUCAAUCUGUGGUACAUGUUUUGUACAAAGAAUCAAUUUGCAAGUACACAUGAGAAGACACACUGGUGAAAAACCUUUUACCUGUUCUACCUGUGGUAAAGGUUUUACAGAAAGUCCGAGUUUGAAAGUACACAUGAGAACACACACUGGUGAAAAACCCUUUUCUUGCUCAGAAUGUGGUAAAGAUUUUGUUCAAAGUAAACAUUUGAAAGUACACAUGAGAACACACACUGGUGAAAAAUCACAUUCCUGUUCAAUCUGCAACAGAAGCUUUUGUGACCGAUCAAGCCUUGUAGCACACAUGAGAAGACACCCAGGUGAGAAAGUGUUGAGUUGCAGUGUGUGUGGUGAAAGAUUGUCUUCUAAGUACCAGUGUAAGAAACACAAGUGUGCUGGUGAGAACAGCAGCAGCAAAUGAAACUGCAGGAUUUGAAAUAAACUGUCCAGACUUUCA